AUGAGAGCUACUUACAAAAAUCGAUCGAAAUACUGCAGGUUCCACCGAGACCAUGGCCAUGACACAGAGGACUGCCACGACCUCCAGAACCAGAUUGAGGAGCUGAUCAGAAGGGGGUACCUCGGCCGCUAUCUUAAGGAACCUCGAGAAGCAACCCCGCGUCCCCGGAUGCCCGUCGAAAGGCAGGUCGACGUCAUCAUCGGGGGACCGGCGGCAGGCGGCGGCAGCUCAAGCGCAAGGAAAUCCUACGCCCGGAGCUCGGUCGAGAAACGCCCCCGACCCGAGCUAGAACCCGAAAUCUCUUUUGGGGCCGAGGAGGGGGAACGGUCCCAUCAUGACGACGCUCUGGUGAUCUCCAUCCAGAUCGCCAACGCUCGGGUAAAGAGGGUAAUGGUCGACACUGGGAGCUCCGCCGACGUCUUGUACCUCGACGCCUUUAAAAGGCUCGGCUUGCCCACCGAGGACCUCAUUCCCAUAAGCUCGGCCCUCACGGGAUUCACCGGAGACUCAAUCUCCCCGCUCGGCACCACCACACUCCCUGUCACCAUUGGGGAGGAACCAAGGACCAGGACAAUAAUGACUACGUUCAUGGUGGUCAACCUGCCCUCGGCCUACAACGUCAUCCUCGGACGCCCAACGCUCAACAAGCUGAAAGUGGUAGUCUCAACCUACCACCGAGCCAUCAAGUUUCCCACCUUGGCAGGGGUCGGAGAGUCACGAAGCGACCCAGGAGAGUCAAGAAGGUGCUACCUCACCGCGGUCUCCCUCCCGAAGAGGGCAUGCCCCCAUAUCCCAGACCCUCGAGAAGAGGCUGCCACACCAACGCACCUUGAACCCCCUGAGUAG